AUGUCCAUUAAGAACGUUGCCGUUGCAGGAGGCACGGGCGCCCUCGGUGUCCCCAUUGUCACGGAGCUCGUCAACAGCGGCUUCACCGUCACCCUCCUGACGCGGGAGGGCAGCACCGCCACGCCGCCUGCAGGCGUUGCCGCCGUCAAGCCCGUCGACUACACGUCGGUCGAGUCGCUUUCUAAAGCCAUUGCCGGCCAGGACGCCGUCGUCUCCGUUCUGGGUUCGCUUGUCAUUGGCGAGCAGGUACCGCUGGUCGAGGCCGCCGCGGCGCCCGAGAGCACGGUGCGCCGCUUCAUCCCGUCCGAGUUUGGCAUCGAUACGCGCCUGACGCCCGGCCACCCCGUCGGCGUCAUUCUGGGUGGCAAGACCAAGGUCGUCGAUCUAUUGGAGGAAAAGUCCAAGGCCAAACCAUCGUUGACCUGGACGGGUAUCAGCAACGGCCACUUCUUUGACUGGGGCCUAGACCGCCAUAUGUUUGGUAUUGACGCCGCGAAGCGCACAGCCACCAUCUACGACUCGGGAAACGAGCCCUUCCAGGCCGCCAACCUACCCUUUAUCGCCAAGGCCGUCGUCGCCACGCUUCAACAGGCCGGCGGUAACCCGGCCGACGACAAGACCGCCAACCAGUACCUACGCAUUGCCUCCUUCCUCCCAACACAGAACGAGCUCCUGGCCGCUGUCCAGGAGCUGACGGGCAGCGCCGACGGCUGGACCGUGAAACACGUCGACUCGGCCGAGGUCCAGAAAAAAGCCGCCGAAAAGCUGGCUGCCGGCGACUUCUCGGUGUUUGUGGACCUGCUGAGCGUGUGGCAGUAUGCCGACGGCGCGGGCCACGCGCCCGACCCAAACAGCCCCACGUUUGGCAACACUGUGCUGGGGCUGCCGCAGGAAGACUUCAAGGAGACGUUGGCGGCCAAGCUCAAGAAGUGA